AUAUAUAGGUCUCUAGAACUUACCAUCUUAAAAUUUAUACGCAGUAUUCGUUCUAUUCGUUUUCUAGAUAGUAGCGCUUAUGUCAGUUUAUAUUAUUUGACACACAAAUAAACCACGUGUAUAAAACGUUGAGUGUUUUGUGAUACACGAAUUGAAAUAAUUGUAUCGUAUCUACGUUGAGAGCAACGUGUUUUUCAUUGAAUAAUACCUCUUAAUAAAAAAACUAUUAACGAUGUUCAAUCAAAGCGGAGGCCUACGAACUGGUACUUCGACAUCAUCUAAUCCAAUGCAGGAUUUUGAGGUUGUUUCUCCUCCGGAUGAUUCUAUCUCUAGUCUUGCAUUUAGUCCUGCAUCUAUUCCACAAAAUUUUCUUGUCGCCGGUUCGUGGGAUUGCAAUGUUCGCUGUUGGGAAGUUGAACAAUCUGGAAAAACAGUUCCUAAAUCAAUGCAAUCUAUGGCAGCUCCAGUGCUUGAUGUUUGUUGGAGCGAUGAUGGGACAAAAGUAUUCAUGGCAUCUUGUGACAAAACAGCAAAAUGUUGGGACUUAGCUUCAAAUCAGAGCAUUCAAGUAGCAGCUCAUGAUGCACCUAUUAAAACUUGCCAUUGGAUCAAAGCAAGUACAUAUUCAUGCCUUAUGACAGGUUCCUGGGACAAAACAUUAAGAUUUUGGGAUUUACGAAGUCCUAAGCCAGCAAUGACUAUAAAUUUAAUCGAGAGAUGUUACUGUGCUGAUGUUGAUUAUCCAAUGGCUGUAGUAGGAACUGCAGGCAGAGGACUAAUAGUUUAUCAAUUAGAGGGCAGUCCUAGGGAGUACAAAACAGUGGAAUUAAGUUUGAAAUACCAGUAUAGAUGUGUUGCUAUUUUUAGAGAUAAGAAAAAGGUUCCUACUGGUUUUGCAAUUGGUAGUACAGAAGGUCGUGUAGCAAUACAUCAUUUAAAUUUAAGUUCAAAAGAAAAUUUUACCUUCAAGUGUCAUAGAACGAAUGGAACUCCUAAUGGAUAUCAAGAUAUUUAUGCGGUCAAUGAUAUUGCCUUUCAUCCAGUUCAUGGUACUGUUGCAACUGUUGGAGGAGAUGGCACAUUUGGAUUUUGGGAUAAAGAUGCAAGAACUAAACUAAAGUCUUCAGAACCUAUGGAACAGCCUAUUACUCGCUGUUGUUUUAAUCACAAUGGACAAAUAUUUGCUUAUGCAGUGUCUUAUGAUUGGUCAAAAGGUCAUGAAUAUUAUAAUCCAGCAAAGAAAAAUUCCAUAUUUCUUAGACCAUGUUUUGAAGAACUAAAACCUAAAGCCUCACCGUAAAUCAGAGGAGCACCGACUAAUUAACUUAACGAGUUUCUGAAUUCUGUGAUGUGUUUCAAGAUGCUAGAUUUUAUAAUUACAAUUACAGGUUAUACUGUUCUUAUGGAUAAAUUAUAAUUUUCCUAUCUUUUAGCUACACGAGACAUUUUCUGCCAUUAUACCAUUAUAAUAAAUUGUAAAUAGUUUUGAUAUACAAUACAAUUGUAGUUUACAUUUUCA